UGGCUGGUGGCCUAGUUGGCGCAGCUGAGGGAAAUGCGCCAGCCGCUCAAGGCCCUGGGCCCGGUUCCUGGUCUUCGGGUUCCCAGCCUCGGGAAACUUCAGCCGGUGAGGGAGGAAGGACCGCACCGGAACCGAGACUCCCUGCGCUCAGCGAGGAGCAGACGCCGACAGGCACCCUGAGUACAUUCUGAGUCACAGGACGGUGGGGAUCAGCCCGUGGAUUCCAGGCAUGUUGUGGAAGUUGCUGAUGAGAUCCCAGCCUUGCAGGCUUUGUACUUGCAGAAAGAUGCUAUCAGCUCCCAAAUACAGACCUUUUUUAGUGUGCUUCACCUAUACAACUAACAGUCAGUCGAACAAAGAAAAUAAAAGAACAGUGGAAAAGUUCCAUAAAUUUUCAGUUGACAUCAGGAAAAUUCGCAGAUAUAAAGGGUGGGUCCUUUUGGAGGAUGAAACCUAUGUUGAAGAAAUUGCAAAUAUUUUACAACAACUAGGUGCCGAUGAGACUGCUGUAGCCAGUAUUUUGGAACUCUGCCCAGAAGCCAUCGUCUGCAGUCCAACUGCUGUUAACACCCAGAGAGAACUCUGGCAAUCAGUCUGCAAAAACCAGGAAGAGUUAGUCAAGUUAAUAGAACAGUUUCCAGAAUCUUUCUUUAAUGUUAAAGACCAGAAGAACCAGAAACUGAACAUUCAGUUCUUUCAAGAGUUGGGACUCAGAAAUGUGGUCAUUAGCAGAUUUUUGACAACUGCAUCUAGUAUUUUUCAUAAUCCCGUUGAGAAGAAUAAGCAAAUGAUAAGGGUUCUCCAAGAGAAUUAUCUAAAUUUAGGUGGCUCCGAGGCUAACAUGAAAGUUUGGCUACUGAAGUUAUUAAGCCAAAACCCAUUUAUUUUGUUAAAUUCUUCUGCAGCUAUAAAAGAAACACUGGAAUUUCUCCAGGAGCAAGGUUUCACAAACUUUGAAAUUCUCCAGCUUCUGUCCAAACUGAAAGGGUUUCUUUUUCAACUUGGCCCAAGAAGCAUACAGAACAGUAUUUCCUUCUCUAAAAAUGCUUUUAAAUGCACAGAUCAUGAUCUGAAGCAGUUAGUUUUGAAAUGUCCUGCCCUUUUAUAUUAUCCCGUCUCUGUUUUAGAAGAGAGAAUUCAGGGAUUAUUGAAAGAAGGAAUUUCCAUAGCUCAGAUAAGAGAGACGCCCAUGGUUCUUGAAUUAACACCACAGAUAGUACAGUACAGGAUAAGGAAACUAAAUUCCUUAGGCUACAAAAUCAAGGAUGGACAUCUAGCAAAUCUAAAUGGAACGAAAAAAGAGUUUGAAGCUAACUUUGGUAAAAUUCAGACCAAAAAGGGAAGGCCAUUAUUUAAUCCUGUGGCACCAUUACAUGUUGAUGAGUAACUUGCUGGCUGACAUUGCUUCUUUCUGGCCCUGCAGAGUGAAAUUUGGUACCAAAGAAACACUAUUCAGGCAGUUUGUAGGCACCAGUAAUUUUUUUUUGUAUAUGCCCCUAGCGGGAACCGAACCCGGGACUCCCUGGUCCGCAAGCCAACGCUCCAACUGCUGAGCCAAACUGGCCAGGGCUGCACCAGUAAUUUUAAGAACUUACUUAGCUUCUCAGUUGUGUGUAAAAUAUCUCUAAGUAAAUAAUCUCCAACUCAUAUGCUGUAUUUUAAUAUAUAAAUUGCAUUUAUUUUAAAUGAAAUUGGUCAUUUUGACCUUAAGCUAUUUUUUAAAAAUCCUAUACUAUUAAAUGGCACAUUGGUGUGAUAUAAGUGAAUCAUUUCUAAGAAACUGACAAGUGCACUCGCUUAACUCAAAGUAUGGAUACAUUUUUUUAUUCAUAUAGCACAUUUCAUUUGGGAUUCAGACCCAGCCUUCUUCCUCACCACCAGCUCUGAAACAUCACCACUAUGGUCUGAAUUCUGUAGCUUAGUGUGAGUGAAACAUCAGCAAACUUGUAAUACAUUUUUUAGAGAAAGCUGAUUUUAUCUCCUGGUUGGAAUAAAUGAGUAUCUUUCAGAGCCAAGUAUUACUCAUCCAAAAAGAACAAUUAGAACUUACUUGUAAGGUCAGCUUUUUAAAAUUUGACUAGUUUUCUCUCAUGAAAUGCUUUUAAGUGCAUUCAUUACUUCCCCCGUUUUACAGAUGAGGAAACUGAAGCUUAGAGAGGCCCUUCAGCUGCCAGGUGACAGCCCAGAUUUACUAUGAUCUGACUUCUUUUCAAACCUCGUAAAUAGAAAAGGGAUAGCUUAUGAGUUGGCAUGAGAAAAGUCACCCCUACCUGACCUGCCAAAAGAGUGAGUACCAACAAAUUUAGGGAUUUUUAUAAAAAACUUCUCUGUAAAAUUCCUUAAAUUUGAAAUGAUGCAGUUUAUAGACAUUUGAAGUAAAUGGACCAUUUUCAAGAACUUUGAAUAUCCAGGUCUGCCCAUAAAAGGGAAAGUGUGUGAUGGUUGGUCCUGAAUUUAGUACCAUUUCACGUUUCUAUUUCUAAAUCUUGUUCCAAGAUAAACACUACCCAGAUAAAGACUGGCCCACUUUCAGCUGUGGAGUUUGUACUUUUUAACAAAUACACAACCAAACAGUUGACUGAUAAACAUCUGUACACUGAUGGGCAUGGCCGUUUCUUCAGGAACAUAUUAUGAAAAAUGCAGGCUAUGUCGUCAUUCAGCAAAUGCAAGUAGCCCCCACUGCCCAAAUCUGUUCAGUUCCUUAGGAGAGUGAAGGCAAUCUCUCUGCAGCACCAAGUGCCAGACACACUGCUUUGCAACCCUAAGAGUUAGGUACCAUUGUUUACUGGUCUACAGAUGAGGAGCCUCAGGCACACAGAGGGUUACUCAAUCACCCAAAGUCCCAGGAAUUCUGUUCAAGAAAGGCAGUCAGUGCGGUGGGGGCAGGGGGAGUGGGGCAGGUAAGACGAGCAUUACAGGUCCACCGAAGGUGCAAUCUCUUACUCCAGUGUGAUGGGAAACCCUUAGAGAAACUAGCUUAUGCUUGUUGACCUGAUACAAUUAUCAGUGGUGCUCUGUCAACUGAGUUUUCAAAUACAUUAUACAUUAUGUGGUCACCUUUUAGAUGUCAAUUUUGAAAUGUCUAGUAGAUAUCUGAGCAGAAAUGUCAAAGAGGCAAAUGGCAAAGUCCAGAGUUGUGAGAAGUCAGGACUGGAGAUUGCUAUCCUGCAGUCAUCUGGUUAUCUGCAUAUCUAUAUAAUUUAAAGCUAUGACUCAUGAUGAGCUUACCCAGGAACAAAGUACAGAUUUGUAGUAGUGGCUGGCCUAUCCUGGAAAGGGGUGACCAGAGGAAGAAGUCUGCCAAGGAAAGAGGGCAUGGUCAGUAAGGUUGAAUGCUGUGGAGAUGCCAACUAAGAUACAGACAAGUGACUAAUGGGUUUGGCAAACAGGAAAUCAUUAGCUGUCCCUACUAGGAGUGAUUCUGAUAGACUGAGAACGGUAAGGCAACUGGAGUGGGUUGAAAGAUGAAGAGGAAGAAACUGCGAUUCUUCAAGAAAUUUUACUGCAAAUUUUUUUUUUUUUUUUAAGAAAGCAAAUACUAUAUAUUUGUUUAUAUAUUGAUGGGUAUGACCCAAGAGAGAUGGGUGAGAGAUGAAAAACUGCAGGAUUCAUAUCCUUGAGGAAGUGAAGGUGGGCAGACUUUGGAUAAGAGCAGAGAUACUAGUCCUGGUCCAUGGAGUGUGGGAACAGGUGUGGGCAGGCUGAUGCAGUGGGUGGUAUAAGGCAGGGGAGUUGCUGUCAGAGGACAGUAGAA